GGGGGGGGAAGUGAAUGCAUAGGAAUUCAACACAGACUCCCUGUCCCGGAAAGAUAUCAUUUGUAAGUCUGAGGCUAGGGAAAGCCUACGAUCAAGUUUAGCUGGGUAUUUUUAAUACUCCCAAGACAAAGGCACAGAGCUUUGACUCUGCCACCCCCUCACCUACCGGUACCUCCGUUUCCUAUACGAAGAUAGCAGCUCCCUCAGCACGGUUUUUUACGAAAUGUAAAAUAUUUAGUCAUAAGGUGUAUGUUGAUGUUCAAUAUUUUACCCUAGUUAUUAUUUGGUAUUUUCUUUUCAUUCAUAUACAGUGAAUACAUGUGAUUGAAUUAGGUUUGUCGACAAACAUACGUAAACUAUAAGUAACGUAGCUGUUUGCAAUCUAAGAAACAGUGUUUAUGCGUUAACGUGCUACGAGAUCAACACUAAGCUGUGACAUUAAACGCUAUUAGGGAAGAUCUUUACUAAUGAUACUUUUUAUCAUUAUAUGGCUGAACUGGUUAGCGAUGAAAAGGCGAACUCUGAUUGGUUCGCUUAGCCGUCCGAGGUUUGCAAUGCGGACCACUCGUGAAUUAAUUUCGCCUAAUUGCUUUUUCAUGUCGUUGCACAAAUACGACAGUUUUUUGUUAAGUAGAAAUCUUUUUACCUUCAUGUUUGGAGGACAAUUUAAGUUAAAUGUUUACAAAAGGAAAGUGAGAAACGUAAAUAAAUGUUCAACUUUCGCCCGCGCGUUCACCGAGGAUGCAUCGCGGAGCCGCAUCAAUUUGUCACUAGAUUAAAAAAAGCCAUUAAAAUAAAUACUUAAUGGAACUAGCUUGUUCGGUCCAUAUUGGAGAAUAUUGGCCUCGUUCAUUUUUUGCAGAUCUAUGGAGCUUGCGGCUCGGUCCAUAAACCUGCAAAUAAAGAACUCGACCAAAGUUUCUCCAGCACGGACCUCACACUAAAUAUUUGUAGAUGCCUUUAUCCACUCCCCACAUAAUUCUAUAAGGUCGUAUCGUUUGUGGUUUUUGCUCUUUUUCGGACAACUUUUUAUUUCCACCGGAUAAAUCACCAUCCAGCGGAUAGCGUGGUUUAUUUUGUUAACACUUAUCGACUGGACAGCGUUUUAUCCGGUGUAAAGCGUCAUCCAGCCUUCCAACAUCUGAGGCCCGGCCCGUCACGCUGUAUUGUAAAAUUCCCUGCCAAAGUCUGCGUUAGUUUGACGAAACAUGCAGGAAAACGUUAAAGAAAACCUCCAGGGAGGCAAUUAUUGGCAAUGACGACACUUAUGCAAAAAGAGUUGCUCUUUGGACGGAUUAAAUUGAAUGAGGAGCAGCUUAACAAACAGGUGCAUGUUUAAUGAGUUGACUUUGAAAUUAAUGACUGUUUUUGUGUUCUUUUGUAUCGAACAACCAAUUUAGCUGAUGUUUAAGCUACGAACAGUUCUUCUCCUUCAUUAAUUCAUCAUGCAAGCAUAAACAAACGCCCCACGAACACUCGGCGGGUAUUUCUUCACUCGCUCUUUUUUAUCUCUCGUUCUAUGAACGAAGAAUAUUCAGUGAAAUUUACUAUUCCCAGCAAAAGAACAGAACAACAGUCACCUCGUACUAACCGAUUCAGGCCAUUCAAGAGACGUGAUUGUAUUAUUCAAUCUUCGCUUUGUAGCGAAAAUAAUGAAGAAUUCAUCCCCAGUUUACCAUAGCAGCGCCAAACACAAUGCCGCUAAAGGAACAAAAUUGUCCAAGCCGUGUAGUCAAAACUACCAGUUCUCUCACGGAAGUACGGCGUUCUAACAGGCGUGCAAGGUAGAGAGACGUAAGGGAACUUCGCCUAGGCUUCAGCAAAUGUAAAGGCACUAAACUUCGACACUGUUAUUUCUUUUAAUACGUGCGAGAGUUAAAUGGACGUUUUACCCAUAAAAUAUGCUACGCUGGGAUCUCAUUUGAGCAUACUUUCGGUAGCAACCUGCUCCUAGGCACCAGAAUAAAACGGGACGUUUUUGAUCGGAAAAGAGGGCACGCAAUCGAAACUCAGAGAAUUUCCUUUGCUUGUCCCACUCUAAAAGGGCUAGCAAGCUCUCCCGAUUCCUAGUGCAACGACAGAGUUAACGAAAAAAUUAUUUUACACCUUGUCUUCGCGUCUGACAGGUCAUUAGAAUAAAAAAGGAAGGUGCAUUGUAAUUAAAUUGGCAUAUAUUAGGACGGAGCUUGAAGGAAGCAGUGCAAUUAAAGAAACCGGCUUUCGAAUUGUUUGAUUCAAGAUAAAACAGUUAAGUUUAUUGAAAUGAUUAAGUUAAGACAAGGAAAUAGGUUGACAACUCUACGUUGUUGACAAAAUCGACUCCUUGUUAUGGAAGAAUCAGACCCUUCGUCUAUAGAAAGGCUGGGAAUUAACGAGACAAGAAGGAAGGGUGAGAAACAGGCCUUGUUAGAAUCCGACGAUGAUCCGCCUGCCGAGGACAAGAAGAACAAUCAGCCUUCCUAUGAGAUGCUAGAAAAGUGGCGCAAAGUGACCAUAAUUGUUUGUCUUCUAUCAAUUGUGUUCACUCUUAUUCUUGGGCUUGGUGCAUUUGCCGUUUCCCAGAUCUCCGACAGUUCUUCAGCGUUCGCGGUAGCGUUUGACGCCGUGUUGGCCAUCACAUCCUCGGGAUCUGUAGUAUGGAGGUUCUACUACGGAAUAAACGGCGAGGGAAAAACCGAACGUGAAUGGAAGGCUUGCAACAUCAUCGCCGUGUGUUUUAUCGUGUCGGGAGCGUUGGUCAUUGGUCGCGCUGCCGUAUGUAUACUACUGGACCAAGAGCCUCGCAAACCCACCGCACUGCUGAUCAUGUCUGUUGUCAGUUGUCUGGGGUAUUUCUUCCUGUUCUGCGUGAAGUUGUGUUUAGCCCGAAAGCUGGAAAGUUCCGCUCUGGUAGCGGACUCAAUAGACGCCCUUAGCGGUGCGGGAAUGUCAGUUGGCGUUAUUCUAAGUACAAUCAUCGUGGAACAGAGCGCAAAAGCCUGGCUGUUUGAUCCCGGCACAGCUCUCAUCAUUGCCUUAGCGACACUCAUAUAUGGAAUAGAAAUCCUGGUUCGAGUUGCACGAGAAAAGAGGAAGGUAAAGAAACUAAGACAAACUGAACAAGAACUGAAACAAGUCGAUGACGCGCAGACGGAAUCGGACGGACACUGACGGCCUGGUUUGAAACUAAAAUUUGAAAAAAAUUUAAGCGUUCUCUGGCUAAUAACCUUUUAAAAAACUCAAACUUUUGUCUGCCUUAACUGCAGUCUUUAACGGGUGAACACUGUUUAUUUGCGUUUAACCCGUUGAAAACUGCUGUUUAGGGAGUCGAAAGCUUGUGUUUUUAAAAUACCUUUACUGAGAGAGAGAACAUUUUUAAAUUUGACUAUGAUUCAACCUAGCUGCGGUUCCUCAAUAUUAUCAUAAAAUUCGGAAAUAAUGCUUUUCCGCACAACACUGGGGACCAUUAAAACGUUUUUCCCUAACGUAACCAAUAAUAGUGGAAUUUCAAGGUAAUUUGGUGCACCCACGUUGGAAUCCGGUGAGCAGGGGCCAAUGAAACAGUUUUAAAAAUCACUAUUUAAUGUAUAAUAAUAUAACUUAUGGGUGUCAAGAAAACAAAUAUGUUUAUUGCGACUAGGAUAUUUUCAAUAGAUCAAAAAACAAAAUUAAUAUAAAAACUAUGUGGCAGAGAAAAUUGGGUAGCAUUAGAUCUCAUUUGAACAAAUUGGAAAACAGAAUGAGAACUUAUGGGCGCCACGAAAACAAAUAAAUUUGUUAUGACUAAGAUAUUUUUUAAUGGAUCGAAAAACAAUGUUAAUAUAAACACUAUAUGGCAGACAAAAUUGGACAGCAUUAGAUCUUAUUUGCAAAUAAAGCAACCUUAUUUUAGGAAAUGUCGUAUCCCUUAUGGUAUACUUUAAGCACCGCACCAGGAAACUUGUUUACGACAUUCACCUAGAAUACCAAGGAGAAGAACAAGCACGGGCGGAAUUUCGAGAUCAAUUUGAGAGCACUUCCUUGCCUAACUCAUACCGUUUAACAGCUUCAAAGCACUUUGUAAGUCAUAUUUUGGUUUCCUUUACGACAGUGGAAUCGUUUUAGUAACAGUUGUUGAUUGUUAUUGACAGGGUGUUAAUAAUUGCGUUGGUUGAUCCGGAUAUUCUAUUAAGCAAGACACAUGUGUUAAGACCCAUUCCACGGGCACAUCUCACACGUUGCUAUCCCAAAAGGCGCAGAGAAAACUCCCUUGGCUAGAACAUUUACUGCUUACUGUGUCGGGAUUUUGGAAAGAAAAAAGUUGUGGAUUAUUGUGGUGGAAACAUCUGAAAGUAGAUGAGUUCUGUUGACUAGCCGAUGACAAUUACGUUUUCUCGUUAUUCCUCGUCUGGCAACGUUUUUAAUUAGGGAUAUUAUGUUUGUUUGUGAAGACACAGCGGUGGAAAGUUUA